GUAGACUGAGAGGAAUUAUUAUCCUACUACACCUAACUCUCUCUUGGAAUUUCUAAUGGGAACCCUGGUCCUGCUGGGGCAGGAUGCGUAUUGAGGGAUGAGCUUGGAAGGUGGAUUGGCGGUUUUGUUGCCAUGAUAGGAGAAGCUUCUGCAGCCUUGGCAGAGCUUUGGGCUUUCUAUCAUGGUUUGGAUAUAGCUUGGAAAUCUGGCUACCGCCAGAUCGUGGUUGAAUCUGACUCGCAAUUGGCCAUUCAGCUUAUUGAGGAUAGACAUGACCCUAUUCACCCUUAUGCCACCUUACUUGCUGCCAUUCGCAGGAGGCUUAGCCGAGACUGGCUGGUGCGCGUAGGUCAUGUAUACCGGGAAGGGAAUAGAGUCGCGGACUGGCUCUCGAAGCGCAGUCUCGUCUAUCCCUACGGUGUACAUGAGCUCACACACCCACCGGAAGGAAUAGCGACUUGUCUUCAGGAUGAUAUUUAGGGAGUUUCUUUUGAGAGGCGGAUUGUGUCCCGCCAAUGUAACUCCUCUUCCCCUCAAACCCCAUGUAACAUCUCUCUUCUUGGCUUUUGCCUCCUCUUAUGCAAAAAAAAAAUAUAAAAAAUAAUAGGGUUUUAUUUUUUUUUUGGUUUUCUAUUUUUAUUAAUUAGUAACCUACAUCUUUUUUUUGGGUAGAAAUUAGUAACCUACAUCUAACUCUCUCACCCAAUUUCAAAUUUCUAGAGCUCCACCACUCUCCCUCCACUUCCGCUUCCCCCUCCUCCCAAUCCGCCGGCCGAUGGAAGCGCCGUCGCUGACUCUGGUAGUUCUGCAGGGCCCUCGGAGGGGCGAGACCUUCGAUUUCCGCCCCGGAUCCACCGUCCGGAUCGGCCGAGUCGUCCGGGGAAACACUCUGGCCAUCAAGGACGCCGGCAUCUCAUCCAAACACCUCGAAAUCGAUUCGAAUUCCGGGAAAUGGACGGUCGAGGACCUCGACUCCUCCAACGGCACGACUCUCAACUCCUCCCAACUCCCUCCUCUCCUGCCGUCCGACCUCCGCGACGGCGACGAGAUCAAGCUCGGCGAGCUCACUUCCGUCAUGGUCCGGCUCCGAAUCGAGAACCCAAAUCCAUUGCCGCCGCUGCAGCGGGGGCGGAGGAAGCAGGUUGCUGCUUCGGUUUCGGCGGAGGAGAGUCAGUUGGAGAAGGCAGAGGCUUCAAAUUUGCCGCCGAGCGGUCCGAGAAGAGGGAGGCCGAGGAAAGCUAGGGUUCCGGCUUCUCAAAAAUCGGAGCCACCUCCGCCGGUCGUUGGCAGGGUUACGCGGAGCAGGAAGAGUGAAAUAGAUUGCUCGACUUCUGAUUGCGUCGAGUUAGGGAUUCCAGAGAAAAAGAAGAAUGCGCCGUCGACGAGAAGGGGAAGGAAAAAGGAGCCAGCGCCUCAGCCGGAGAAUGAUGAUGCUGUUGAGACGGAAAUCAAAGAUGGCCCGGAAUUCGGAGCGAGUUUGGCCGAAAAAGCUCGAGAAGGAGGUGGUGAUCGGAUUAGCGUGGUGGAAAUCAACUCGGAUUCAGACUGUGAAGCUCAAGGUGGUGAUGCUAACAGGGUUAAUGUAGUGGAAAUCAAGGGGAAUGAGGGUUUAGAGCCGAAGUUAGCUGAGGAAGCUCAACAAGGAGUUGGUUGUGAAGCUGCAGCAGACGAAAAACAAUGCGAAGCUCCUGCGAAAGAUGGACCCAAUUCAGGUGAGCACGGAGGGGGAAAGAGUGAGGAGCCUGACCUGGAGAAGAUGACUCUUAGGGAAUGGUUCAAGUACAUGGAAAUGCGACUGACCAAGCAAACUGUGGAGGCUUCUGAGAAGAUGAUCGACGAAAUGAGGAAGAAAGCUGCCCGGGUGCAAGAGUACAUCGACGAGCAGAAGAAGCUGAAAAGCGCAGCUUGACUUGUGAGCUAGUAGAUUCAGAGGCUGCAGAGCAAGGUAACUUGGCCUCUUCAUUUCUAUUGUUCUAUAGGGUAGCUUGAUCGAGUAAUGCCUAGCUAUAAUCUGUGGAUUCUGUUCAUUUUGGUGGAAAGAGCCGUUCCCUACUUGGACCUCUGUUUGGUCCCUUUUGUGGCUCCACUCCAUAUGUGUAGCAUAGCAAUGGAGAAUGGUUAUCUGUAAUUUUUGUCACCAUUCUCUCUAGUGAAUUGAAUCCUAACUUUCAGAGUUUGUGAAACUGUACUGGUGAUCUAAUUGAUGAGCUUAAUGGGUACGUAAAACUAAAUGAUCAAAACCUAC